UUUUACCGAUUGACAAAAUACAACAUGUGUAUUGUGUAAUUUUUGAAUUCGUAGGCUAUAGUAUAAUACUAUAAGAAUUAUAUUAAUAAAUUCUAGAUUUAAAUUAUUUAAUACAAAAUACAAUUAGUUUAAGUUGAAAUGGAAUAUGAAUUCAAAGACAGAACAAAAGUGAAACGGCAUCGAAAACCAAUUAAUAGGACGACCAAACGCACUAUAACUUUUGAUGAAAAAUCUAGGAAAGACUUUUUGACUGGUUUUCAUAAAAGAAAGCUUGCACGAAAAAAAAAAGCCAAAGAUGAUUUUGAAAAGAAGCUUAAAGAAGAAAAGAAAAGAAUCAAAGCAGAGGCAAGAGAAACAUUUUUAAAAUUGACCAAUUCUCAUCCGUUUAUCCCAGAACCUCUUGAUAUGGUUACAAAAGAAUACAGUUUAGAAAAUCAUACAGUACAAAUUUGUGAUCUUUCAACAGAUGAGAUCGCAAAGAGUAACAAUUGGAUUGGAUCAAAUCAGGUAAUUUAUGAGGACGAUAAAGAAAGUGAAGAUGAAGAGGAAAUUGAUAAAACAAAUGAAGAUGUUGCCGAAAGUGUACCCGGCAUGAGUUUCAGUUCAAUAAAAGAAAUAAAAAAAGCAAUAAAAAAACAAGCAUCUCAGACUGUACAAAACAGUAAAAUAUUUAAAAUGAAAAACAAAAUUGAACGAAUUAAAGAUAAAAAGAAAGCUAAAAGGAAGAAAUUAUUAGAAACAAAAAGACAAAAAUGGUUAAAAAAAAAAGGAAAAAAGAAGUAAAUUAAUAGUGGUUACAUUAUUGAUAUCAAUGAAUUUAAAAAUAAAUAAAAGAUAUAUAUUAUAAUGUAGGACGUAUAUUGUGUUUUUUUAAAUUCAUCAUACUUCUAAAAUUAAUAUAGCAUUAGCUGUAAAUAACUUAUUUGUGUUGUUAAUGUCUAGUUAUUUAAAUAAAUAAUUUCAUAAAAUGUAAGUAUAAUACCUCUGCGUUUAAGUGUUUUAAAUGCUUAAUAAUUAUAUCCAUCUUGACAAAAAACUCAAUUUGUCUAACCAUAUUAAAAUAAAAACGUAAAUCUUUAAAUUUACAUCUUCAUUCUCUUAGAAAUCUAUUACGCUCUAAACUUUCACUAAGAAAUCAAAAUUCCAAUAUAUAAGCAAGUUAUAUUUGGGGAGCAGCUAAAGAGUCAAAUAUUAAUACACUCCAAUCCUUCCAGUCUAUAAACUUAUGCAUCAUCACAGGUGCUCUUUGGUUCGUCAGCAAUAAUAAAAAUUCCCAACUCUUUCUGAAUUAGCCUCUCAAUCUUACAAAAAACUUCAUACAGCCACAAUUAACCAUCGAAAUCCACUCAUCUCCAACUCCGUUCUUUAACUAACCCAAUCAAUCCACUAAGUCGAUUAAAAUGACGUUGGCCUAGAGAUCUAUUAAACAUUUAAUUAAACUAAUAGAUUGAUGAAUAAUGAAAUUUGAAGUGGUGUCACCGGACUCCCCCUUCUCUCAAGUCUACAUGUCUUUUGUUAUCUUUUAACCCUUCAUAAUUUGUCAUUGUAUAAUAAUAUAUACAGAUUGUAAAUAUUCAUUUAAUAAAUAAAAUAAAAAAAACAAGUAUAAUA